AUGCCUCCCGACCCUGACCCAGAGGAAGGCUGGCAGCCUGUGCGCCGUGGGCGCAAACCGAAACCUGCGCAUGACACUGCGCCCACUGCGGGCCCUGCGCCCGUGAGCAGUCCAAGCCCGCAAAAGCAAGUGUCUGUGCCCAACAAUGGCCCCAGACCUGCCUUGAACCUGGACCUCAGUGCUUGGUCUUCUCCCAAGACCAUUCUGCCGUUUCAGACUGUGCUUGACGCCCUUCAGGCAGGCAAGCUUCCCCAGGGCUCGGCUACGGUUGUUAACAGUGCCGCAGGCGUGGAUAAGCUCCAAUCGCUUGCUCAGGCUCAUGGCCUUGACGGCAAGUUUGCUUUGUUACUCAAGGCACCUGACUCUGGUCAGAAGCCCGAGCAUGCCAAAUCACUGAAACUUGCGUGUUGGGUGAGCAACCGCCGGGAGUUGACCAGCUGCUGGGCCAUCCCGCUGUGUGGGGAUCAGCUCCCUGCCCUCCCUCAGGCCAUGCCGCGUACCACUUCUUUCUGCCCCCAAGAUCGCGAUUUGGUCACCCUCCGAAUCACUGUGCCCAAGCCAUGUGUUGAGGCUGCUGUGUGGCAGCAGUGGCAUGGCACACCGUGGGCUGCCCUCAAGCAGUGGGCACCAGCCUUCCACUCAGCCAACGGUUUCAAAGAAACUCGCCUCGACGACGGCACUCUCCUGCUUGAGUGUUUCUUGAAAGUCGACCGCGCUGAUGUCGACAAAGUCCUUGCUAAAAACGGCCAGGAUGCUGUGUUUGCUGCCCGCCUGGCAAGCGAACAGGGUCGCAAAUUGCCGGUUGAGUGGAUUAGCACACAAUCAGGUGAAGAUGACCGCGCUUACUUCACCAGAGUGCGUAAGCAAGCUACUCAAGCGAAAGCUGGCAUCGCCUUCCGUCGAGGCGGUGGUGCUUAUCUAGGUUUGCGACAUGAGGCCUCUGCUGCAAAGCCAACGUUGCACGCUUGGGAAGUUGCUAAGGUGCCCUGGACUUGGACUGAGGAGGACCUGACUCAAUGUCUCCAGGGUGCUGGAUGUUCGGAUAUCGCCAUCCUGCGUCGCGGUGGAGGGCGUAAGAAAUGGGUCGUCAAGUGCAUUUUCCCAGAUGCCGAUGUUGGAGCCAUCACUGAAAUCCUCGCAGGGAAGACCUGCCUGGUGCUCACCAGGGCCCAAAGUCGCGCGCAUGUCGGUACCUCUACUCCGUUGAAAGCCCAUGCUGCUGCCGAACUCCGCGCGCCCACCACCCGUCCAGGUAAGAAAGACAAGUCCUCCAGUGCUCUCUGCGAGGAAAUCGAUUGUGGAGCUGAAGGGGCGUGUGGAUUUCUUUGCUUGGCCGCAGCCCUAGGAUUGCAAAACAAUGGAAGCUGGGACAAGAUCAGGGGCGAACUUGAUGUACGCUCCCGCACUUUGCGUUCUGAGAUCUUUACUUGGAUUGGGCGGCAUCGUAAAGAUGUUGAGCCGCUGUGGGAGCAAGAUGGCAAGGCCACUGAGGAGACCGAAGGCGGUGCCGUCCCUGACAGUUUCGACAGUUGGCACCAAUGCAUCCUCAGGCCCCGCAAAUGGAUUGAUGCGUUAUGCCUUUAUGCCGCUUCCCGUAGACUUCGACUCCGCAUAGUUGUUGUCAUGGGGACAAAGGACGAGGUCAAAACUGGCCGUGGUGCCGUCACUGCUUUUGGCAGCCUGUCGGGCACACCCGUUUACCUUGCUUUGCGCAGUCAGCACUACACGCUCCUGCGCUUCGACAACAGUGAUGAUGUGCCGCGUGAGUGGGCCAAUGCCAAAGAGGAUCUAGGCACACUUCACCAGUUGCUUGAGGACAUGCGUGGAGGAGGCAAGUCAUGGCUGCCCAGUGCCAGCUCUGCCGCCUCUCAGGGCGGCAACUCCGCCGUCACUUCUUCCAAGGCCGCGCCUACAGCUGGGUCUAAGAGGGCGUCUGAUGCCAUCCCUGCGGAGCAAAGAGUGUGGGAGUGCCGCCUCUGCCACAAGGGCUUGCCCGCAUGCCCGUCCAAGCAUGUCCGCGAUCUCAGUGUCUCGGCACACUUGGCGGUAUGCUGUCCUGGAGGCAAAGGUAAGAAGUACUAUGCCCCUCGCGAUGAUAACCGUCUUCUUGAAGCCUCCCGAAAGGGUGUCGAUGCCAUGACUGCCAGGCGCCACAAGCUCUUUCAGGAAUACAAAAGCACUAGCACGCAUGCCCUGAAGCUUGUUGCCUCGCACAUCUAUUGCUCGCGGUGCUAUGGGCGGUGGUCAAGCAUUAAUGAGCUUUCUCGAAGCACUGAGGAUUGCUGCGGCUUCUUGAACUACGACCGACGAUGGCGACUCUGGAGCACCUUGCGCAAGAACCCCUCUGCUUUGAAGCGUUUCUUGCAUGCCACAGGCAUCAAACGUGCGCAGAUUGAUGCCCUCGAAGCCCGCAUGCAGGGGCGACGCGGCAAAGUGGCCCUCAGCCGCAUCACGCCACUGCAGCGUACCCGUUGGUAUCGCGAUCUUUGCGCCGAAGGCAUUGAACCCAAUCCCGGCAUUGAACCCAAUCCAGGGCCAAAUGCUUCACGCCAGCUCUCCUUGCUCACCUUGAAUGUGGCGGAUAGCGCGAAUGCUUUCGAAGCUGCCAAAGUUUAUAUGCUCGCUAAAGUCCAUGUCAUUGCCCUUCAAGAGGUGUGCUUCUCCAAUCAGCAAGCCCAGGCCUUUGUGUCUCAAGCCAGCCGCUUAGGAUAUCAUGCUUUCCACGUGUCGGGCGCCACCACAAGGUCUCGCCGUGGUUAUGAUGUUCAUUCGGGCGGCGUCGCUGUCCUUGUGCGGCACAGCAUAAAGGUCCAGCCGGUGCGCUCUUGGCAAGGGGUCGCCGGGCAGUUUGUUGCUUUAGACUUUGGCUCCUUCUUCAUGGUGGCCGUCUACCGCAGACCGGAUGAUGACAGUGUCAGUGACAUGACCCAAGCUCUGUGCGAAAGGCUCUGGGCGCGUCGUGCCCGCCAACCUUGGAUUCUUCUCGGUGACUUCAACUGGACACCGGAAGAAAAUGAGUGGCUUGAGCUGCUUGAAGAUGAGUCCGCCGCCGUUGCUGGUCCCUGGGACCAUAGCUGCGCGAGAUGGUUUGCCACCAGAUGGGAGGGCCACCGCUGCAUCGACUAUGGUAUCACCAACUUGACCCACCGAUGCAAUGUUGUGCGUGAGCUCACCAGUUGGGGUGACCACAUUCCCAUCCGCAUUGCUCUUGACCUUGCUAGCGAUGCUGCAAACACUGAUCGUCUGCAGCCCACUGCCUGCUACACCUGCCCACAGGGCGUGACUGUCAGUGCGUGGCGGCUCGCUUUGGGCGCUGCGUGGGAGGAAGUGUGGCGCUCUCAUCCUGAUGCAGUGAAAGCCGCAUCUUUCACACCCUUGUGGAAGCUGCUUCUCGGCCCUGUGACUUCCAGUCAUUCGCGAUGCGCAAACUUCGGCGCUCUGCUCCUUCGCAGACGUGCCGCUCGGCAUGAGGGCCCGCUCACUCCCUUGCACACGGCCAUUGUCGAGUUGGAAACGCAGAUUCAACAAGUGCAGCACGCUGAGGCUUUGCAGCGCCUAAACCAGUGGAAAGAGAGUCUUCGUGCUUCCGACAGCUCGGUGCGGAAGUGGGUGCGGCGCAGCAACAAGCCGGCGCCUGCCUUUGUUUCGCUUGACGGUACUCCCAGCACCGGAGUUGCUUGCAGUCUGACCUUUCUCCGCACGUUCUGGCGGCGCAUUUGGCGACGAGAAGUCCGACCUGAUGACGCUAUCCGUGCUUGGAGUGCCGAGCAUGCCCGGCAUCGUGCUCAUGCGCCUCAACUCGGCUGGCAGCCGAUCACUGCUAGUGAGCUUCAACAGCAAGCUUGUGCUUCUGGAGGCAAAGCUGCCGGCCCUGAUGGCUGGAGCGGUGAUGAGAUCCAGCACUGGUCGCUCCCCAUGAUUGCUAGCUCUGCGUGGGCUCGCCGGGCCACCACGAGAGCGUGGCAACAGGCGUGGGCCCCGCUCGGUGCGCAUGGCGGCUUCCAGCAGCGAGGCGUGCACACCGCUGUACAUGCUUUGCAGAAUGCGUACGUGCACUGUUAUGGCAUUCUUUCUUUAGAUUAUGCCAAGUGUUUUGACCGCGCCCACCCCAGCACAGCCACACAUGCCCUCAGCCGGUUAGGUAUGCCUGCGGAAAUGGUCGACUUGUGCAGGUUUCAGUGGAGCCAACAGCACAGAUGGCUCGGUUUGCAAGGUUGCGUUAGUGCGGAGGCCGAAGUUGUUACUUCUAGCUUGCCUCAGGGAGAUGCCAUCUCCCCUAUGGCGCUUAACGCCAUCUUAUGGGCCCCCAUCCAAGCCUACUGCCGCGAGGAACCCACGGCGACUGCGGUUACCUACUUGGACGAUCGCAACGUGGUGGUCCAUGACCACGCUCAGCUCGUUCGCACCCUCCAGUUCUGGAUGCGCUGGGCUGGCAGGUUGGGCCUUGAAGAGAAUGUUGGGAAACAGAAAUUCCUCCCUCGGGGUUCUGCGGCUGCUCAGGAAGUCGGCCAAUCUAGGACUGUUGCAGUUGUGCACACACUUCGCAUUUUGGGAGUCGAUUUUCGCACCCGCAUUGAUGGCAAAAACAGGCCCACCUACCAAGACCGCCUGAACGAAGCCCGCCAGCGCCUUGGCCGCAUCGGCUGCCUGCCUGUCUCGUUUCUGGCCAAGUGCCAGUUCCUUCGACAGCUUGUCCUUCCUGUGGCAGUUUGGGGCACAUGGUUUGUUCAUGGCGCAGCCGGCACUUGGAAACAGCUCCAGCAGCGCCUCCUGGGCGUCUUGUAUGGAGGCAGGUCCCCUGCUUCGCCCGACCUGCGUGCUUUGAUGCAGGGCCAUAGCUUGGAUUUCCAAUUCAUGGCCGAUUACCAGACCAUCUCCAUGUGGGCCAAGCUCGUUCAGCUUGGCCGCGCUCGCUGGCAGCCCGGCGCCAUGAGAGGAACUUGGCAGUAUGCCGUUGCUGCCCGCCUUAAAAGCAUGGGCUGGCAUUUGCAGCUUGACGGCUCAUGGACUCAUCAGGCCAUUCCCAGACGAUGCAUCACUUGGGCUAGGAACCUGCAGACCGAGCGCAUCAAGCACUUACUCCGGGAAGCAUGGCGGCUUGAACGCUUUGAAGCGUGGAAAGCCUCGAGCAGACUGGAUGCUGUGGCUGCGGCUAACCCGACGUUCCAAGCAGCUCGAGUCAAGCAGGCUUGGCAGCUGUGGAAUGCCACCUGUGCUCAUGGCCGUGCAGUACUCACCGUUGCAGUGGUCAGCCCAGCACGGCUUCAGGCCAAUAAAAGCGGUGCUGCUGUGCAAUGGUGCCCUUUCUGCAAAGAGGGCUAUGCUCCUACGUGGGAUCACUGUGCUUGGAGUUGCCCGCACUUCGGUGCUUCUCGCCCCGCCCUACCUGGCGACGGCAUGCAGCGUAGGACGGGUUGGCCCGUGGCAGCGCGUACCAAAGCCCAAAAUCUGCGAGUGCUUGACCAUCUUGCUACUGUCCGCAAGAGCCUUGUUGCAUACCGAUGCCUGUAA